UUCAACGCCAAAAUAAUGUUUGGUGCUUCAAGAUCUGGGGGUGUAAGGGGGGGGCAAGACCAAUUCAACUGGGAUGACGUGAAAGGCGAUAAACACAGGGAAAACUACCUCGGGAACUCUCUUAUGGCACCAGUGGGGCGAUGGCAGAAAGGCAAAGAUCUGACGUGGUAUACCAAAGACAAAAAAGGUGGUGUCAAGCCUAUGUCAAGAGAAGAGGAGCUUGCUGCUGUGAAGGCAGCAGAGCAAGAGGCACUGCUGGCUGCCCUAGGCCACAAGAAUAUAAAGAGACAACCAUCUGGCCUGACCAAAGAGGACCUUGCAGAUGUGUGCAGGAGGGAGGAUGCGGAAGCUGAGGACAGAGAUGUGGACAGAGUUUCUGGCCUUGGAAGCUCCGGUGCAACGUCACGGAAAAUGGUGUUCUCCCAACAGGAGAAGGAAGCUGCCAAAAUAGGCUUGUCAGUCUUCACACACCAUAAAACAGAAGGGAAGUCUGGAAACCAGGAAGCCUCUGCCAGAAAAACAUCUGCGAACACAGAGAAACAGGAUGUGGAUCAAAGACACGAUAGCAGCAAAAAGAAGGAAAAGAAGCGCAAAAAGAAGAAAAGGCAGAGAAGAGACUCUUCCUCCUCUGAUUCAGAAGAUGACAAAAGGCGCAGAAAGGACCACCGUCAUCAUAAUCCAUCAUGCCUCAGUCAGACUGGAGCCAGACCCCAUGACGGCCAUUCAAAGGGGGGACCAAAGGGUGAACGCCACCCCCUCUCCUCUCAACGACGCCAGCAGAGGCAUGACACACACUCCUCCCACAGGGAGUCCCCCGUCCCCCGUGCCAGCCACAAGGCAGCCCAUGCUGCUCUGACACAAAGCUACAGGCGGCGCCAUGACACAGACUCUGACGAUUAACACCCCCCCCACCUCAAUCAGGCACAUUGAGGGAGAGGAGUGCUCUAGCCCACAGCAGAGCAGCUUGACUGGUCUAUGGACUGUCCUCAUGUACUUCUGGAUUGGACUCAAGGGCUGUGGUUGAGAACAGUAGGUCAAUCUGUAGGCUACUCCUCAAACCACUAGCAGGCUUGUGGCCUUAUUUGAACUGACCAGUUUUUAUAUGUGUUGAAUUGUUAAAUGUGUUUCUAUUGGUAUUUUCUUUUUCUGAAACAGCUCAAAUGUAUUUUAUGAUCUGUGUCUAGCUACCAAAAUUGAAGGACACUAUUCAUGCAAUUGAAUCAGGGACUACCAAAAGCAAGUUAAAUGCAUGUGUUCUUGGUGCUGAAAAUAAGUUAGUCAAUACAAACUAUUGCUGUCCAAGACAUUAAAUCCGGUGUGACACUUGCCCAUUAAAAAAUGUAUUUAAAUGUGUGCCAACACCUAAAUGUUA